UAUUGAUGAAAAUGACACUUAAAAUUAAUUUAUCACAUGAUGAAUCAUGCAAAUUGCUAUGGACGUAGAAAAAUUUUAUAUUAUAUGUUUUUGUAAUAUUAAUUAUUAAAUUAAGUAUUCAUUGAAUAUUGUGUCUAUUUUCAAAAAUAUAAAUGGAUUCAAUGGACGAAGAUAUGUUUGCACUCAGCGAUGAUGAGUUACCAAUAUCAACUUCAAAAUGCAAUCCUGUAGAAGAGCAUUUAAUGAAACAAUUGUCGGAUGUGCAAACUCGAAUCCAGAAAACAAAAAAUGACAUUAAAGAAAUUCAAGAUAUGACAAAACAUGCUUUAGAAUCUUUAUAUAAUCAAGCGUUAUAUGGAAAAAAUAUAACAUUGGAUUGUGAUAGUGAUUUGUACACCAUAGAUGGUCAACCAGUGAUAAAGAAGAUAAAACAUAAAUCUGAUUCCUGUGAAUAUAUGGUAAUAAAAAGCAAUUGGAAAUAUAUUUUUUCUGACAAAUGGGUUAUUGGAAUAGAACUAAUGAACAAUUCAGAAAAAACGUUAAGUAAUCCUCAAAUUUAUGUAUCUCUUAAGGAUAAUGAUGAACUUUAUGGCAUAUCGAUGUUUUGGAAGCUAGUUAAUGAAAUAUUUUCAUAUCGAAUUGAUAAAAUUCAACCGAAUAGUUAUGUUAUGGCUACCGUUGUUCUCAAUGUACCAAAAUUUGAUAAAAAUCCUUUCUGUGAUGUAUAUGGUACAAUCUCAUACAAAAUCGAAGAAAAUGAAUAUCAAAUUCCAAUACCUGUUAUUCGUCUUACGAUUGAGGAUACUAUUGAUAACAAUUACCAAAUUAAAUUUUUAACCGAAAGGAACUAUGCUUUUCAAGUAGAAACGAAAGAUAUUUUGCCUAUGAUUUUAGCUUUAAGAAGUACAUCAGUAGAGAAAAUUAUUGAUGUACAAAUCAAAAAAAUACCUAAAAAAGAGAAAGAGUUUUUGACAUUCUUGAAAGAAAAAUCUUUCGAAGCAAUUUUCGAAAACAUUUAUAUCGUACAAACGACUAGUUGCCUAAUGCAUUGUUUGAUCGAGAUACUACCUAUUAUCGAAGGAGAAGAAAAAUUAAGAAUUUCUUCAAGAUCUAACCAUCAAAUGAAUAUAAUAUUACGAUUUUUAAAAGAUCAUUUUUCGGAUAUGAUUAUUGAAGAAGAUGUUAAUCCUUUUCAUGCUGCGAUGGUUCUUAUGAAUGAAUUAAAAUUAUAUCUUGAGGACACGAGCACCGCCGAACGGCAAAUGGCGAGAAUAAGAACUGACCUACUUAUCCCGUGAACACGGUAAAACAGAUUUUGUUCAUUUAUUAUCUUAAUAUUUAAAAUUAUUUGAAACAUUCAUAAUAAAUUAAAAUAAAUUAAUCCAAUCAUAAUAAAUUAAAAUAAAUUCAAUUUUUUUUCUCUUUUAUUAAAGUUUCAUUUUAUUUUCUCUUAUUUAUGUAGAUAUAAUUUGCAUAUAAGUUUUUUACUAUAUAGAUUUUUGUAAUAGAUUAUUAUUUAUUCAGGAAUUGAAGUCAAAUUGAAUAGUAUCCAAGAUUUUUGAAUUAUAUUUAUCUCACUCCUAGCUCUUGCUCCUAGACAAUAAUAUCAGGAUAACAUGGCAUAGGUAGUAGCUUUGUAACUAUCGAGAUCCCACUGAAAACCGGUUUACUUACUAUAUAGUAAGUACUCUUCAAUCUAACUGUACUUGCAUGAGUAUAGAGUUAAUACAAAAUGAUAUUGUAUCAAUAAAUAAUUUUAAUAAAAAUA